AAAGCGUCACUCCAAACAUUAUUUGGAGAAUCUCUACCUAUGUAUGUUCGUCUUAGAUAUAUUCCGUAUGUGUAUCAAUCCAAAUAAAAGUUGGGCAUUUUGUACUAUCUUCAUUACCCAUUGUCUCGAUAUUUUACCUGCAACAUCAAAAUAUCAGUGGAAAAGAAAAAAGAAAGUAAGCAAAAAUACAGAAGAGGACCCUACCAUUUAAGCAUAACCAUCAUUAACAACAAAUACCAACAACUCAUUUGAUCAUACAUCACAAAAUUACUAGGCCGGCUAGACCCCAUUAAUUUUCAAGAUUCUCCUAAAUGUACAUACAUAUAUAUAUAUAUAUAUAUAUAGUCAAACGUCGAUUUGAUCUCCUCCUUCAUCAAGAAAACAAAAAUGAUGUUUCUAAGCUCAGCAAUUCAAGAAUCACCUAUAGCUUCAACCAUAUUCACCAUACUAGCUGGUGUUUUGGUCUACUUGUAUCGACCUUAUUGGCGUGUGAGAAAAGUACCUGGUCCUCCAGCUUUUCCACUUGUAGGACAUCUUCCUUUGAUGGCUAAAUAUGGCCCUGAUGUCUUCUCUGUCUUGGCCAAACAAUAUGGUCCUAUUUACAGGUUUCACAUGGGAAGGCAGCCACUAGUUAUUGUUGCUGAUGCAGAGUUAUGCAGAGAAGUUGGGAUUAAGAAAUUCAAGGACAUACCAAACAGAAGCAUUCCGUCUCCUAUUGCAGCAUCCCCUCUUCAUCAGAAAGGCUUAUUUUUUACUAGGGACUCAAGAUGGUCAACAAUGAGAAAUACUAUUCUAUCAGUCUACCAGCCAUCUUAUCUUGCUAAGUUAGUGCCAAUCAUGCAAUCGUAUAUCGAGUCUGCGACUAAAAAUCUUGAUUCUGAGGGAGAUCUCACAUUCUCUGAUCUCUCUCUCAAGUUAGCAACAGAUGUAAUUGGACAAGCUUCUUUUGGUGUGGAUUUUGGACUUUCUAAACCAAUAUCAGACAAGAUGAGUCAUCAUCAAGAUGAUAGUGAAGUACAGGAAUUCAUUAAGCAGCAUAUUUACUCUACAACACAACUCAAAAUGGAUUUAUCAGGUUCUGUUUCAAUCAUACUAGGCUUGCUUGUUCCGAUUCUUCAAGAGCCAUUUCGCCAAGUUCUCAAAAGAAUCCCGGGUACUAUGGACUGGAAGGUGGAAAGAACAAAUAAGAAUUUAAGCAGUAGGCUGGAUGAGAUAGUGGCAAAGAGGAUUGAGGAAAAAGAUCGUAGCUCGAAAGACUUCUUGUCACUUAUAAUGCAGGCAAGGGAGUCAGAGAAGUUAGCUAAGAAUGUUUUUACCUCAGAUUAUAUCAGUGCUGUAACUUAUGAGCACUUGCUGGCGGGUUCUGCAACAACAUCCUUUACUUUGUCUUCUAUCAUCUAUCUGGUUGCUUGCCAUCCAGAAGUUGAGCAAAAGUUGCUUGCUGAGAUAGAUGCUUUUGGCCCUGAUGAUAACAUGCCCACUGCCAAUGAUCUUCAGCAGAAAUUCCCGUACCUCGAUCAGGUAAUCAAAGAAGCAAUGAGGUGUUACAUUGUCUCGCCCUUAGUUGCCAGAGAAACAUCAGCUGAAGUGGAGAUUGGAGGCUAUAAACUUCCCAAGGGAACAUGGGUUUGGUUGGCUCUUGGAGUUCUUGCUAAGGACCCUAAGAACUUCCCUGAACCAGAGAAAUUUAAACCAGAGAGGUUCGAUCCAAACUGUGCAGAGGAAAAACAAAGACAUCCUUAUGCAAAUAUUCCAUUUGGAAUAGGUCCGCGGGCAUGCAUAGGGCAGAAGUUCUCCAUACAGGAAAUCAAACUGUCAUUGAUUCAUUUGUAUCGCAAGUACAUUUUUCAACAUUCUCCCCUCAUGGAAAGCCCAUUGGAACUUGAGUAUGGCAUAGUCCUAAACUAUAAGCAUGGUGUCAAGGUUCAUGCAAUCAAGCGCAAAUGAAACUUUCCAACAUAUCUAAUGAUGCUGACAAGCAAUGGUGAGAGAGCUCAACCUUUUCAAACCUAAAUCCAGUCCCAUCUGUGUAACAGAACUAGUAUGCAUACAUGAAACUUCUAUUACAUGUAACUCAAUUUUAUGACAAAAAAAGAUGUGAAGUUUACGCAUAGUCACACAGUCAAGAUGUGAUCAACUUAUCUCAGUAAUUUAUGAUAAUAAAGCAAAUGAUCUACAUAA